GGUGGGCCAACGGUUUUUGCGCGUGUGGUCUCGCGCACAGGACGGUUUGCGCGGCUCGGCAUGAUCGGUAAUGCACGCGCUCUUCCGUUCGGUAUCGGCACCAUCCCGGGGUGUGACCGAUAGACACGGAUCCGUCAUGGCGGGUCCCGCAUUCACGGGAGCGCACGGGACCUGGAUCACAUCUCGGUUACGGGAGGACACAUCAUCUUCUUCAUCAUUAUCAUCGUCAUCGUCCGCGGAGAAACCGCGCAAACGGAGAGCCUUUAACCUGGUGAAGCUACGGCAGCCCACCGCCCCCGGUAACAACAACACUCCGUUUGUGAUCUCCGGUCAUAUCAAGCACAUCUGCAGUAACUGCAGCCGCGGGAACGACAUCCGGGACGCAGAGGGUGCCGAGCGUCUGGCGGCGAUGCGCUCGGAUUCACUGGUUCCCGGGACACACACACCGCCCAUCCGCAGACGGAGCAAACUGGCCAGUCUAGGGCGACUCUUCAAACCCUGGAAAUGGAGGAAGAAAAAGAGCGACAAGUUCAAACAGACGUCUGCAGUGCUGGAGAGGAAGAUGUCGACGCGUCAGAGCCGAGAAGAGCUCAUCAAGAGAGGCGUGCUGAAGGAAGUGUAUGAGAAAGAGGAGGUCAGCGGUGGCGUGUGUGUGAGUGAGCUGGACAGACAUAUGGUCAUCAGUCCAGGAUCAGAGUCAGCUGACACCACAGCGCCAGUGUCGUUCUCAGAGGUCCAGUCGCCUGGAGAAACUGUGGCGUGUCUCUCAUCUCAAGCCCCGCCCCCUGUGAAGCCGUUGCCUAGCGACAGUGCUGACAUCACUCACGUGAGGCCGUCGUCACUGAAACAGCCUCCAGCCUUACCGCCAAAGCCAUACAGCAGAAUACCCAGCCAUCUCACAGAGACGCUUGCCAGACUGUCACCGCCUCUCCCUCCAAAGAAAGUGAUGAUAUGUGAGCCAGCGCCCUCGUUUGCCCUCAAAUGCCUGCCGUCCCACGCGCACACACUCGCACACGCUCACCCGCAGCAGUUCGCCACCCUGCCGCUGUCUCUGCACCCGCCCAGCCGCAUCAUAGAGGAGCUCAACAAAACACUCGCGCUCACCAUGCAGAGACUCGAGAGUUCUGUACUGCAGGCGGUGCCAUCUGUCCUGAUGGAGACGGAAGAGGAAAAGGAGAACAGAGAUUCAAUGCACCAAACUCCCGCCAACACACACACGCUCAUCACACACACCUUCAGCACGCAUGAGGAAGAGGACGAGGAAGAUGAGGAUGACGACGACUCGCUGUUUACAAGUACACUGGCUUUAAGGAUCUUACGGAAAGAUUCACUGGCGAUCAAACUGAGCAAUCGCCCGUCGAAGAGGGAACUGGAGGAUAAAAACAUCCUCCCGAUGAUGAGCGACCAGGAGCGGCUGGAGUCCCGACAGCAGAUCGGCACCAAACUGACCCGUCGUCUCAGCCAGAGACCGUCGGCAGAAGAACUGGAGCAGAGAAACAUCCUCAAACCUCGCAACGAGCAGGAGGAGCUGGAGGAGAAGCGCGAGCUGAAGAAACGACUCUCCAGGAAGCUGAGCCAGAGACCCACCGUAGAGGAGCUCAGAGAGGCCAAGAUCCUCAUCCGCUUCAGCGAUUACGUGGAAGUGGCCGAAGCUCAGGAUUACGACCGGCGCGCGGACAAACCCUGGACGAGACUCACCGCUGCCGAUAAGGCUGCCAUACGCAAAGAACUCAACGAGUUCAAAAGCACAGAGAUGGAGGUGCAUGAGUCGAGUCGACAUCUAACCAGGUUUCAUCGGCCGUAGUGACAGUGAACUCUCUUAUGGAGCCGUUAAGACUUUGCUG